AUGGCUCAAGCUGAACCAAAUGAAGCUUUUCUUAGACAAGUUUUUCAAAGGGUAGACACUGAUCGAUCAGGUUCUAUAUCAUCGAAUGAACUUCAAGCAGCUUUAUCUAAUGGUACAUGGAGUCCAUUUAGUCCUGAGACCGUUCGAAUGAUGAUAGGCAUGUUCGAUCGAGAUGGAUCAUCAACAAUUGAUUUUGAGGAAUUUCGUGAUCUUUGGAGAUAUGUAUCAGACUGGGAAAGAUGUUUUAGAAAAUAUGAUUUGGAUGGUAGUGGUACAAUUGAUAAACAUGAACUUAAAACAGCAUUGAGUUCAUUCGGUUUUCGUCUAUCAGAUCAAUUUUAUGAUUUAGUUAUAAGGAAAUUUGAUCGCACUGGUCGUGGUACAGUAGCAUUUGAUGAUUUUAUUCAAGCAUGUAUUUCAAUUCAAACAUUAACUAAUGCUUUUCGACAAUUCGAUCGCUAUCAAAUUGGACAAAUAACUAUUGGCUAUGAAGACUUUUUAACGCUCGUUUUUGAGUUGAAGGGAAAUUUGUAUCUGCCACAAAUUGCAAAACGAACCAAUCAGAAGCAGUAA